CUAUGGUUACUAUUUUUACCCGCAAAGAAACGAAGAACAAAGUCAAAAGACUUCAUACCUAUCAAAAUUCUUCAGUUACAAUAACGCAAGGCGACACAUCAAGUGUGAAAUGAACGUCGUGUGGUGUGUGAAAAACAAUCCAUUUGUAAGGCUACUAAUGGGAGCAAUGAAAAACAGCGGAUGUCCAAUAACUCUCAACCGUCAUGUAUCUUGUGAGAAUUGUAAAGGCCGCGUAAAUGGUGGAUACGACCCCGAAACUAAUCAGGUUGUAGUUUGUCAAAAUACCGCCGUGAAAUCGAGUACAUGUUGUAGUGUACUAGCUCACGAAUUUAUUCAUGCCUUUGAUGCAUGUCGAGCAAAGAUAGAUUUUGAUAAUCUGGAACAUUUAGCAUGCACAGAAAUUCGAGCAGCAAAUCUAGUCCAUUGUUCGAUGUCUACUGCAAUUUUUGAAGGGGAUGCAGGUUUCAAUAAUAUCAAAGAGGCUCAGAAGGAAUGUGUAAAAAGAAAAGCGAUUUUAUCAAUAAUUAUGGUCAGGCAGGUGACUGCUGAAAAAGCCCGAAAGGUAGUCGAUAAAGUUUUUGAUAGGUGCUGGAACGAUCUUGAGCCAAUUGGACGUAGAUGCCGGCGGAAAUCUAAGGACCCAGAAAUGGCCUAUCACGAAGGAUAUUUAUAUGGAUAUACAGAUUGAUGUACAUUAUUUAAGGGUGAAUAUAGGCAAGAUACUUUAUUAAUUUUCAAGAAAAGGCGCUCCAAGUUGGUACCAUUGGAUCACCAUGCCUAUUUUCUCCCUUUAAGAUUAUUUCAAAGAUGAGAGUCGAAAUGCUGCUAGUUUUAUUCUGUUUUAUAGGGUCUGAAGUUUAUAUUCAUGUUAAAUUUUUGGAACCUGUGAACGUCAUCGGGCUUUCAAGUCUGUAUGUUCAGCCUACAUCGGCUGCAGUAUGAAGCUGUGAUGAAAUAAAGCCACCAGGAAAUAUAGGUUUCCAGGUUGUGUAUGUGUGAUUUUGAGAUUAA